AUAAAUUUUGAGGCAAAUGGAGAAAGUUAAAUCAAAGAAUUUGAAAUCAUUCUGAGGCAUGAUCAGAAAGAUAGGGUGUAGGAGAAGCAACUCUAAAGAACUUACAUCCAGAGUCACCUCUAAAUAGGAAGGCUAAGAACCGAACUAUUGAAUAUAAGGAAAAUAGGAAGUCUGGACAUCCUACUGAGAGGAAGAAGACUAAAGCUAAGGUAUUGCAGGAUAACUUUAUGUCAUUGGAGUCGAACAAGAAAGUACAAAAUCCUAGACAUUUAAGCUUUCUUAAUAUGAGAAAUAUGCCAAGCCAGAGAUUUGAAAUUGAUGACUCCUUUAAUGUCGACAGCAAGCAUUGAUUAGAACUAUUCAGCUUGUAUGAUCGGAACUGAAGAUCUGCGAUUAAAAACUCUAAGCGUAAGAAUAUAAAGAAAAAUGAAAGUCAAAUAAUUAAGCUAAAGUCUGAAAAUAGUUCCAAAAAUACAAAAAUCUCUAUUCUUCAUCAAAAGAUUGAUUCAUUAACAUCUCAAGUAGAUUGUUUGAAUGAAGAAGUGAGUAAAUUAAAAAUUAAGUUAUCUUCUUCUGAGAUGACUGCAAAACAUCUUGAAAACAAAUACCUCUAAAAUCCAAGUCCGAGAUCGACUCUCUAAACUCCUGUCUCAAAUAAAAUCUACUCCGAAUACACCUUCCUCGCACAAGAAAAGGACAAAUCCACUCUCCAAUGGGAACUUUCCGAAUCUAACUACCAGACCAAAAUCCGCCUCCUCGAAGAAGUCCUCACCAAGAAGAACAAAGAGUGGAAAGAGUCCGAACAAAACAAUAAAGAACUAGUCGAGUUCAUCGAAGAGAUCAACCAAAAAAUAAGCAAGAUGGAGGAAGACUACCAGCUGGAGAAGAUCAAGUGUGAGAAGUAUGAAGUUAAGCUAGGACUUGUGCAGGAUGACUUUGAGAAGAUAGAUGUCGAUACUCUUGACGGGAGGAUUAACUUCUUGGUCGGGCUAUUGGAGCAGUAUAGGAAGAUGUUGGAGGAGGAAGAGACUGAGGAGAGUUGUGAUGAGAAGGGGAAGGUGGCACUCACGCCGAAGAAGAAGAAGUCGAUAUAUGACCAGCAUGGGAAUGUUAUAGAUAUAGCAGAGGAGGAUAGGAUAGCGAUUAAAACGCAGAAGUAUUAUUUUUUGAACUCCAGACCCUCUGGGAAGUGAUAUAUUUUGAGAGAUGGGAUGGGGAAAUAA